AUGUCCGUGCUGCGACCCCUCCUGCUUCUGCUGCUGCCUCUGUGUCCCGGUCCCGGUCCCGGACAGGGGAGCGAGGCAAAGGUCACCCGGAGUUGUGCAGAGACCCGGCAGGUGCUGGGGGCGCGGAAAUAUAGCUUAGACCUAAUCCCUUCCACACUGAUCUCAGGCGAGCACCUCAGGGUCUGUCCCCAGGAGUACACCUGCUGUUCCAGUGAGACAGAGCAGAGGCUCAUCAGGGACACGGAAGCCACCUUCCAAAGCCUGGUGGAGAGCAGCGGCUCUUUCCUGGCCCAAUCGCUGGCUGCCCGGCACAAGAAAUUCAACGAGUUUUUUCAGGAGACGCUCUCAAUAUCCCAGCACUCCCUGGCCCAGCUCUUCUCCCACUCCUACGGCCGCUUGUAUGCCCAGCACGCCUCCAUAUUCAAUGGCCUGUUCUCUCAGCUACGAGACUACUAUGCCAAGACUGGCGAGGGGCUGGAUGACAUCCUGGCGGAUUUCUGGGCCCAGCUCCUGGAGCGCACCUUUCCCCUGCUGCACCCACAGCGCCGGUUCUCCCCCGACUUCCUGCUGUGUCUCACACACCUGGCCUCAGCUGCCGAUGGCUCUCUGCACCCCUUCGGGGACUCACCCCGCCGCCUCCGCCUGCAGAUAACCCGAUCUAUGGUGGCUGCCCGGGCCUUUAUCCAGGGCCUAGAGACCGGACGGAAUGUGGUCAGAGAAACGUUUAAGAUGCCGGUGUCUGACAGCUGCAGCCGGGCUUUGAUGCGGCUGGUCGGCUGCCCCCUUUGCCGGGGAGUCCCCUCACUUGCACCCUGCAGGGGCUUCUGUCUCAACGUGGUCCAUGGCUGUCUGAGCAACAUGGGUCUGGAGCCUGACUGGGGCAGCUACCUGGACGGCCUCCUGCUCCUGGCUGAGAAGCUCCAGGGCCCCUUUUCCUUCGAGCUGGCAAUGGAGUCCAUUGGCAUUAAAAUCUCAGAAGGUCUGAUGUACCUGCAGGAAAACAGCGUGAAGGUGACAGAAAAGGCGUUCCAGCAAUGUGGGACUCCCCACCCAGUAUCCACACGCUAUCGCCGAGCCCCAGCGCCCUGGGAAGAAGUUGGCCGUCCCUGGAGACCAGCGGUGGAAGAGGAGCGGCCCACGACGGCUGCAGGCACCAACAUGCAGCGGCUGGUGUGGGAUCUCCGCGAACGUUUGGGCCGGGCGCGGGGCUUCUGGACGGGGCUGCCGACAACGGUGUGCGGGGACUCCCGCAUGGCAGCGGACAUCUCUCAGGAGGCAGCACCCUGCUGGACAGGGACCGGGCGGGGCCGGUAUAUGCCACCUGUAGUCGGGAGCUCCAUCACCGAUCAGUUCCAGAACCCUGAGCUGGAAUUGGACGCCUCGGGUCCCGACCUGCCAACGAGACGGCGGCGACUGCAGCUCCGGGCAGCCACAGCCCGGAUGCAGGCGGCUGCACUCGGGCACGACUUGGAUCGGCAUGAUGAGGAUGAGGAUGCCAGCGGCUCUGGAGGGGGCCAGCACUAUGCGGAUGACUGGAAGGCUGGGCCUGAGCCUCUGGCCCCCCUAGGCCGGCCUCUUCUCCCUCCUCGAAGGGAGGGUCCGGGGAACAGAGGAGGGGGCAGUGCCCGCUACAACCAGGGCAGGAGCAGCAGUGAGGGGAUGUCUUUUGCUUUUCACAGCCAACCAGCUCUCCUCCUCUUGCCCUCAGCCCUGGCCCUGCUGGGACCACGGUAACAGGGUAGGGGUGCCCUGGCAUUGAAAAGGUCGGACACCUUUUUCCCCUCCCCUUGGCUGGGCUAGGUCUCGGGGACGUCUGGGAUGGGUGGCAGAGAGGGUGAGAAAAGGAACUUUACUGGUGAAUGG